CAGUGGUUGUCCUCUUCGUGCAAGGCUCAGGGAGCAGCGAGUGGAAGGAGUUUGGGCGCACUGAGGUGAUCGACAACACCCUGAACCCCGACUUUGUCCGCAAGUUUGUCCUCGACUACUACUUUGAGGAGAAGCAAAACCUCCGGUUUGACGUGUGAGCGCAGCCCGGGCUGGGGGGACGCAUGGUGACACCCCAGCAUGACGCCACGGUGGGGUGCCUCGAGGCUGUGCCCCAUGCGGGUGCUGUCGGGGGGGACAGAUGCCCCUUGAGGGGCUCUAACCCACUCUCCAUCUCUCCGUGCCCCGUGGGGACUGCAGAAGGUAGGUGCUCACCACACUCCAGCCCCUGCUCUGCCCUGGGAACUCAGACCUCGUGGGGAUGCCUGCUGGGGUGGGAUGAGGCCAGGACACUGCACAGGGGUGGCUUUUGGGGUGCAGGAUGGCUGUGAGGUGGCCCAAAGGCUGCAGGAUGGGUUCAGGACACAUGGGGUGUCCUGAACAGGGAACAGGGUGGGUCUAGGGCUGUGGAAUGAUGCAAAGGGCACAGGGUGGGUGCAGAGCACAUGGAAAGGGCACCUGGGAGGGGCCUGGAUGGGUCCCAGGCUGGGAGGUGGCUCUUGGGACACAGGGUUGGUUCAGGGCACAUGGAGUGGCCCUAGGGCAGGGUGGCUGCAGGUCUCACAGGCGCGCUGGGAGGGCAAGAGGUGGGUCUGGGUGGUGGGGUGGCUGAGGCAGGAGCCCCCGGGGUCUCACAGCGCUGUGCUUGGGGCACAGGACUUCCUGGGGCAGGCGUUUGUGGCACUGGGGGAGGUGAUCGGGUCCCAGCGGGGCCGCCUGGAGAGAGCCCUCACGGGGGUCCCGGGGAAGCGGUGUGGGACCAUCCUGCUGUUGGCCGAGGAGCUGAGCAACUGCCGGGACAUCGUCACGAUGCAACUCUGUGCCAACAAGCUGGACAAGAAGGACUUCUUCGGAAAAUCCGACCCCUUCCUCGUCUUCUAUCGCAGCAAUGAGGAUGGCACCUUCACCAUCUGCCAUAAGACAGAGGUGGUGAAGAACACGCUCAACCCGGUGUGGCAGCCCUUCACCAUCCCCGUGCGCGCCCUCUGCAAUGGCGACUAUGACAGGACGGUGAAGAUUGACGUGUACGACUGGGACCGGGACGGGAGCCACGAUUUCAUUGGGGAGUUCGCCACCAGCUACCGGGAGCUCUCCCGAGCGCAGAGCCAGUUCACAGUGUAUGAGGUAGGGUGGGGGAGCCAGGCCGAGGGGCCGGGGACAUUCCACACCAGGGCCAACCCAGCCCUGCGCCCACAGGUGCUGAAUCCCAGGAAGAAAUGCAAGAAGAAGAAAUACGUGAACUCCGGCACUGUGACACUACUCUCCUUCUCCGUUGAGUCCGAGUUCACCUUUGUUGACUACAUUCGGGGCGGGACGCAGCUGAAUUUCACUGUUGCCAUUGACUUCACGGCCUCCAAUGGGAUGCCAUCGCAGCCCACCUCACUGCACUACGCGAGCCCCUACCAGCUGAGCGCCUAUGCCCUGGCGCUGAAGGCGGUGGGGGAGGUCAUCCAGGACUACGACAGUGACAAGCUCUUCCCCGCCUAUGGCUUUGGUGCCAAACUCCCACCUGACGGCAAGAUCUCCCACCAGUUCCCCCUGAACAACAACGUGGACAACCCCAGCUGCGCCGGCAUCGAGGGUGUGCUGGAGUCCUACCUCCAGAGCCUGCGCACUGUCCAGCUCUACGGUCCCACCAACUUUGCCCCCGUCAUCAACCAGGUGGCUGGGGUGGCUGCCCAGGUGACUGAUGGCUCACAGUACCACGUCCUCCUCAUCAUCACCGACGGCGUCAUCUCUGACAUGCUGCAGACCAAGGAAGCCAUCGUCACCGCUUCUGCCUUGCCCAUGUCCAUCAUCAUUGUGGGAGUAGGUCCGGCUGAGUUCGAGGCCAUGGAGGAGCUGGAUGGUGAUGAGGUACGGGUGUCCUCCCGGGGACGCUACGCUGAGAGGGACAUUGUACAGUUUGUGCCAUUUCGGGAUUACGUGGACGAUUCGGGAAACCAGGUGCUGAGCAUGGCCCGCCUGGCCAAGGAUGUGCUGGCUGAGAUCCCCGAGCAGCUCCUCUCCUACAUGAAGACCCGGGACAUCAAGCCUCGCCGAGCAGAUCCCCAGUAGCUCCUCUGUGGGGGCGAGCACAUGUCACCCUUCUCCUGCCAGGCCUCGGCCGUGGACAUGUGUCCCUGCAAGGGCAGUACGGGGCUGCUGCAGCCGCUGAGCGUGGCUGGGACCCUCCUGGCAGCAAAACCUCGGGCUGGACAUCCCCAGCUGCCCGGCGGGCACAGCGGGGCUGGCCCAGGCGGUCCCGGGCACAGGCUGUUGGGGGACGCGGUGUGUCCCCGCUCGGGUCCCGUCCCCGGGGGGGCGGCUGGGGCUGGGUGAGCACCGGGGAUCCCGGCUCUUUGAGGCAGGAGACAUCACCCCGCUCCUGCGUGCGCCCGCAGCUCAGCCGAGCGCUGGUGCCCCGGUGCUGCGGUGCCCCGGUGCUGCCCUGCCUGUCCCCUGCCUGUUCCCCAGUGUCCCCUGCCUGUCCCCCCGCCUUCAGCAGGGCCCUGGCCCCACAGCCGGGGGGUGCCGCGGCUCGGCGAGUCUGUAUCGCGUUACCAACUGUAAAUAAACCGCUCGGACCGGA